CUCCAAUAGCCAUCAAAACUCCACCACAGUCGAUUACUUCACAGAGUGAAAACAGAGGAACUAAAAAUGGUGAAGGGAGCCGCAUCAAUGGUUGCAGUAGUGUUGGUUAUUGCCCUGGCCGUGAUCCAGCUGGUGACUGCAGGAGGAGAAGAGGGCAUUAGCUGUGGGCAAGUGGACGCCUACUUGAUACCUUGCGUUCCUUACCUCACCACCGGCGCCGGCGACCCUGCCCCCAAAUGCUGCGAAGGAGUCCGCAGCCUGAAGGCCAACACCGCCACCGCCGACGACCGCCGGGCUGCCUGUGGAUGUGUCAAGGCCGCCGCCGGGCGUUACCCGGUGAAGGAUGACGCCGCUUCAAGUCUCCCGACCAAAUGUGGGGUGGAUAUUGGAAUUCCCAUCUCCAAGGCCAUUGACUGCCAGACCAUCAACUGAGUAUCGGGAAGAUGGAGAUGCUUUAGCAAAGUAAUAACGGUGUGGUUCCUUCGGGGUUUUAAGUUUUUUGGUGUAUGAUUUCGGAUAUUUACUACCGAAAAUAGUAAUUAAUCUCUCGUCAUGAAUAAUUGUAAGAAGGCGAUCGAAUAAAGACCGGUGUAUUAA